AUGUGUGCUAAAAAAAUCGUUGGUGUCUUGGGUGCCACUGGUUCCGUUGGACAAAGAUUCAUCCUGCUGCUGGCAGACCAUCCCGAUUUCGAGCUUAAAGUGCUAGGAGCGUCGCCCAGAUCUGCUGGUAAGAAAUACGCGGAUGCUGUUAACUGGAAACAAACGGAGCUACUACCGGAAUUUGCCAAAAACAUCAUCGUGACGGAAUGUAAGGCAGAGGCUUUCAAAGACUGUGCAGUGGUUUUCUCCGGACUGGACGCCGAUUAUGCCGGAUCCAUCGAGAAGGAGUUCAAAGAAGCCGGCCUAGCUGUGGUUUCGAACGCCAAAAACUACCGUCGUGAAGUGGACGUUCCUCUAGUCGUGCCUAUCGUCAACCCUGAGCAUUUGGACCUAGUGGGCCAAAAGCUCGACGCCGCGAAAAAGGCGGGCGCCGGUAGACCAGGAUUCAUCGUGUGCAUAUCCAAUUGUUCCACGGCCGGUCUUCUCGCCCCACUCAAGCCCUUGGUCGACAGCUUUGGUCCCAUCGAGCUUUUGACUGCCACUACAUUGCAAGCCAUUUCCGGUGCCGGUUUCUCCCCAGGUGUUUCCGGUAUCGACGUUCUGGACAACAUCGUGCCUUACAUUGGCGGCGAAGAGGACAAGAUGGAGUGGGAAACCAGAAAAAUUUUGGGCUCCCUAUCCAAAGACAACAGCACCGUGGUGAACUUGCCCGACGAAGAAAUGAGAGUCUCUGCUCAAUGCAACAGAGUUGCAGUUUCCGACGGACACACCGAAUGCAUCUCAUUCAAGUUCAAGAAUCAGCCUCCACCAUCGCUCGAGCAGUUGAAAAAGUCGAUGAGCGACUACGUCUGUGUUGCUGCUAAACUGGGUUGCCACUCUGCUCCAAAACAGACCGUCCACGUCUUGGAACAGAACGAUAGACCUCAGCCAAGAUUGGACAGAAACCGUGACAGUGGCUACGGUGUCAGUGUCGGCAGAGUCAGAGAAGACCCUGUGCUGGACUUCAAGAUGGUUGUGUUGUCCCACAACACCGUUAUUGGUGCCGCCGGUGCUGGUAUCUUGAUUGCCGAGAUUUUGCUCGCCAAGAACUACAUCUGA